AUGUCACCAACUAUCAAGAACCGUCUAUGGAAUCCAGCAUUUGGUAUCCGGUUUCCCCCUAAAGCCGAUCAACAGCCUCCUUAUCCUUUCUUGGACAUUACUCGCUUUGUUCACACGCCUGCAUCAAGCUCGGAGGCUGCGCCAAAUCCUGAUGUCGAAGUUGAUGAAUUUGGCGCAGGUGAUGGCUUUGAGCGUGAUGCAGCGGAAUGGUUUGAUCAGCAGGAUCAGUUGGCAACGUCAGUCACCGAAACCAUUUCUGAAGGAACCCAAGUUGCCUUGGGCACAGAUGGGAAUCUCAUUGAUGCCUCGAAGCAAGAGUCAACACCAAUAGAAACUGUUGGACCGCCCCUGACUUCUCUGGACUAUACCGUCGAUACUGAGCUCUGGGCAGCAGCUCGGAAGAGGAAAGCAGGCUCCCACGACUCUUUCUGGUCUUAUAAAAUGUACCGUCGAAUUCUAGACAACGGCGAGCAACAGAAUGUUAAGGUCCACUACUGCACCUCCAAACACACAAUGGAGCAUGUUUGCCAAACAUACUUUGCAGAUGAGAAAGUUAUCGGCUUCGACUUGGAAUGGCUAAUUGGACAGAGGGCUACCGCCAACCCCCGGAGAAAUGUCUCGCUCAUUCAGAUUGCCAGUCCUAGUCGCAUCGGCUUAUUUCAUGUUGCUCUCUUCGCAAAAGACGAUUUUGUCGCCCCAACAUUCAAGAGAAUUAUGGAAGACGAAAGCGUCACCAAGGUCGGCGUGGCUAUCAAGGGUGAUUGCACAAGGCUGAAGAACAAUCUUGGCAUAGAAAGCAAGGGUAUCAUCGAGCUAUCUCACAUAUACAAACUUGUGAAAUUCACAAAGAGUGGAGAAUUAAACCGAAUUAACAAAGUUAUGGUCUCACUUGCUGCCCAGACGCAAGAGAUGCUUGGUCUUCCCUUGUUUAAAGGGGACGAUGUGCGGUCUAGUAAUUGGAUGCUGCGUCUUUCACCAGACCAGGUAGCAUACUCGGCUUCGGAUGCCUACGUUGGCCUACAACUAUACUACAUUCUGGAACAGGAACGGGAGAAAUUGCAGCCAACUCCUCCCCGGCCGCACUUUGUCGAGAAGAACCUCCCGAUUCAGUUCUUUACAGCGGACGAUGUGGAUGAGAGCGAUGAGACCUCGGAGUCUGGCGAAUCUGAAGUGAUUACUGAUGUGGAAGCUGAGCUGGAUGACCCGGAGGUCAAGGUUGCCAAGCCGCUUGUGAAAUCAACGACAACAACGACAACAACGAAGACAAAGCCAAGCACAAAGAUAACACCACCAGAGAAACAAGCGAAGGCUACGAGGGAUGUCCGCAUCGUUGCUGCUGAAGAUGAUGCUAGGGAAUACCAUGACAACACAAAAGACGUAAGAGUAACGGUCUCGACUUUGCGCUCCUACUUCCUCUGGUACGAUAACCAAAGUCUCACACCAGAGGUAAUCGCAGCACUCCUGCGGACUCCUCCUCUCAAGACCAACACUGUUGUUUCCUAUAUUCUUGAUUCCAUCAUUGCUGAGAAGCUGCCAUACUCAAAAGAGAGGCUGAGAACCGAGGUGUUAUCACACCUUGCUCCCGAGGCGCGAUUAGCCACCCGUUAUCGAGGAUUAGUGGCUGAUAGUCAAGAGUCUGAAGGAGAACUGUGA